CCCGGCGCACCCACGGCGCUCUGCCACUUGUCCCCGGUCCUACAGCCUCAGCAUGUCGGAGACCGCUCCCGCCGCUCCUGCCGCCGCGCCCCCCGCGGAGAAGGCCCCCGUGAAGAAGAAGGCGGCCAAGAAACCCGCAGGGGUGCGCCGCAAGGCUUCUGGGCCACCGGUGUCCGAGCUCAUCACCAAGGCCGUGGCCGCCUCCAAGGAGCGCAGCGGCGUGUCGCUGGCCGCGCUCAAGAAGGCGCUGGCGGCCGCCGGCUACGACGUGGAGAAGAACAACAGCCGCAUCAAGCUGGGCCUCAAGAGCCUGGUGAGCAAGGGCACCCUGGUGCAGACCAAGGGCACCGGCGCCUCGGGCUCGUUCAAGCUCAACAAGAAGGCGGCGUCCGGGGAGGCCAAGCCCAAAGCCAAGAAGGCGGGCGCAGCCAAGCCCAAGAAGGCUGCCGGGGCGGCCAAGAAAGCCAAGAAGGCCACCGGGGCCGGCACUCCCAAGAAGAGCGCCAAGAAGACCCCGAAGAAGGUGAAGAAGCCGGCGGGGGCUGCUGUCGCCAAGAAAGUGGCCAAGAGUCCGAAGAAAGCGAAGGCUGCCAAGCCGAAGAAGGCCGCCAAGAGCGCAGCUAAGGCCGUGAAGCCCAAGACCGCCAAACCCAAGGUUGCCAAGCCCAAGAAGGCUGCACCCAAAAAGAAGUAGGCUGUUGAAGAACGUCUGCUUCUGAAACCCAAAAAGGCUCUUUUCAGAGCCACCACUGAUCUCAAAGAAAGAGCUGAACCUUCUAAUCCUGUCCCUUUCUCCCUUUAACCUUUGGUUCUAGGUGUGGUUGGCAGCUACAGUUGACGCCUGCCGGAAAGGGGCGGCGGGGGUCUCCGCGCCGUCUAAGGCUCGUCCCCUGCCUAGCGGCAUCCCGGGUGGCCUCCCCCGCCACGGUGCGGAAGCGCUGUCCCGGAGGCGUGCACUCGCGCGCCAGCCCCGCCCCGCGCCAGGCCAUCGAAAACAACCACAAAUCAAGUCAGCCAGUUCCUCGGUCUCCAGGAAUCCCCCGAUUGGGUUGGAAAGCCGUUCAAAAGUCCCGCCCUGCUCGCGGGUUGGCCCACUCCUCCGGCCCACGCUUUUCAUCGCGUGUUUUAUUGGGUGGAGGCCGGCCUCUUGUGUAUUCUGUGUACGUUUCGUUUCCAGUGGAUUGAUUGUGCCUCUUACGCCCGGUAAGUGUGUCCCUGAUACCUCGGACACUUCCCAUGGUUUGGAAAGUCCAGCUCGUGUCCGGGGACGGCCGCAGCACCCCGCCGGGGAGGAGACGGUGCGGGCGUCCGUGCCGCGCGCUCCCGUGGGCCAGCCCGCGCGCUGUGGCCGCUGAGGACCGCGUCUGGACCACCGCGCGGCGGCGGCGGCGGCGGCGGCGGUGGCGGCCACCCUGCCACCGGGCGCCGCUGGACCGGCGCCCUUCUGUCCCUCGCGUCAUGUAACUUUGCGCAAAAGUGUGAUGGACUGGAGUGCAUCACAACAACCCUUCGUCGGCCAUCUUGUCCCGGCAGCGGGUCACCGAGCGUCGUUUUAGGUAGACGUCAACAUCUAAACGCCGGAGAUGCUUUCAACGCAUUUUUGCGCGGUCCGAAGUCCCAACGGUUUCUACGCGAGUAACGUACGGGUAAACCUGGGAACGUAUGCAUGUGUGGGGGUGAAGUGAUGUCUCUAACGAGGCCUUUAGUUUAUCUUCACGGCGGAAUCUGCGGCUUCUUUCAUACUGAUGGCGUUUCUUCUGGGCAGAGGAAAGUCCAGCGUCGUGUUUUAUAUUCUGGUCAACACGGAUUUUCCUGAGACAAGUUCCAGGAACCGGGGCUUCUGGAGACCCGAAGCUCAGUUCUUCGCCCAUUGCCACAGCGACUGAUGUAGUCGUUAAGUAACUUAGAUUAAUUUCCCCCCAUUACCGGUAGUGACCACGGAGUUCAUUCCUGCCCGCACCGUUCCAACGGAAUGGGAUACUUUAAUGUUCGUUUUCAUGUGUAGAAAGACCCUUCUUUGAGAGCACAGCGCACCCGCGCGCGCGCAUUCACGCCAAGAAAGUUUUCCCAUGGUUUGUUUCAAUAAUUUUUGUGUUGUCAAUUUCACUUUAAAAGCAAUUGAACCCCCUGUAUUUUGUUACAAGGUUUAAUAAAUGCGUACGACUCUUCCAUUUCUGCUUCCUUUCCCCUCCCCACCUCACUCCCGUUGGAGAUGCCAACCGUUAUCAUAGGCUAAAUUCCAUGGAUAGGUGGAGUAAUCCUAGGUUUUCUACUUUGUCCCUUUGAUCUUUCUGGUCAUUUCUCCACUGAGAUCAUACUGUUAAGUAUUGUUCACAGCACUGUCUUCAAUGCUGAGAAUACAUAACCCAUAGUAGGUACUGAAAUAAAAAUGGAAUGUUUGAGAAACUGAGAUGUUAUAACACGAAUGUUUGAGAAACUGAGAUGUUAUAACAUGACCGAGGGAGGAUAGAGCUCAUUCCCUGUCGUUGCUCUUUUUUUUUUUCCAGAAUUUCCUGGUUAUUCUAGUUUUUGUUUAUUUAUUUUGUUUUUCGAAAUGCACUUUAAGAUGCUUCCUCCCUCCCACCUCACCUCUUCACCCUUCCAUUACACAUAAACACACACACACACACACACACACACACACACACACAACCUCAAUAUCCUCGUUUUAUUGGGAUGGUGUCAAAUUUACAAAUUAAUUUGGGGAGAGGAUGAGUUUUCCUGUUCAAGAACAUUUUAUGUUUUCACAUCCCUCCCCCCCCCCCAAUAUUUUGUACCUGUGGAGAAUGUUUCAAAUUUUCUGCAGACAGAUCUUCAUAUUAUAUAUUACCCUUUAUUCCCAGAUAUCUUGUCAUCUUUGUUGCUGUUGAAAAUGACAACCUAUGAGAUUUUUGAUUCCUUUGGGGCCUGGCACACUGAAGAUAUCCAGUAAUGGAAGGGAUCUAUGCCUAGUGAAUGAACAACCUCUAGAACAGUCCUGUCUAUAGCCAAAUUAACUAAGGAAGAAAGAAACAGACAACUCUUUGAAACCUGGUACGUAUUUUACACGUAAAGCUCAUCUCGGUUUGGACCAGCCACAUUUCAAGUGCUUCAUAGCCAUAUAUGGCUAGUGGCUACUAUCUUGGAUGAUAUAGUUCCACAGUAACUAAAUACUGUGAUGAAAACACAAGCAAAUACCUGCUCUGUAGUAGAAUCCAGAUGUUUCCAAGGAAAUGAUUAUUCUGAGCUGGUCCUGAAGCCCAGAGAGCAUUCCUGAAAGACGAUGUUUCUUCUAUGCAUCGUAUGCAUUUCCCCUCGUACUAGGCCACUGGCCAGAGGACUCUGAUAACAGAACAUAGCCCAGGCCAGGCCACUGCAUUUCCCACCCAUCCACUAAUCUGUGAGUCUGAGUGAGCCUUGAGGAGGAACUGGGUCUAACAAUCCAUUUCCAGGAAGUCUUAUUGGUCCGAAGAUAUUUAGUGUGUGGGUUUGGUGUGAGGUUGCUUGUCAAUGAUAUCUAUUAUGAAUCUGGCCAAUUAAAGUAAACUCUCUUGGGUUAACGUUCUUCCUCUAUAAAAUGGAGACAGUGAGAGAACCUGAUUUUCAGGGUUGUAUUAAGAAUGUUCUAUAAUAAUGCAGGCCAAUCGGUUCAUGUGCUACUUGACCCAUGGAGAACUAGGAGACAGACUCCAACGAAAAUGUGGGGACCUCUUCCAUGGAACCUUCUCUAAAGGAAGAUGAUAUUCAGCCCAGGCUAGAUCGAUACCAUCCUGCAAUAUUGUCCCAGGGAACUCACCGCGAUACUGAAAAUGUUCAACCUGCUCAGAAUUGACUUUAUCUCCUCCCCACUAACUUUUGUUCUUCUGGUAACUCUGAGAAUGGUACCACAGUUCAAAGCAGCAUGCAAAGCAAAGCUCUUUGCCAGAGGCCUAGAGUCAUCCCAAACCAGUGAUUCUCAACUCCUAGGGUGCUAGGCUGAGAUGUUAGAACAGAGUGGUAGCAGGGCAUGGGAAAGCCGUAUAUAAGUUAGAAAAACACAGCCAGUGAUCAGAAGCAGGUUUACCCAGAAGCUAAUGAAACUCAAAUAUUAGGCGCAAAGGUCUGAGAGGGGCUCUUGGGACUGUGUUCACUGGGUCUCAUUUUUUUGCAAAAUUUCAAUGUUAAAAUACUUUCUUCACAGCCGGUUAGACUUGUUGUCUAUCGGAAGUUAAUCUUCCCUUUCAUUACAGUUCACCUUUUGUCUGAUUAUGGUGAGAUACUGAAGAACAUAUCUGGAUUUGGGUAAGAGAAAAUGGAGUUGAAUGUAUUUGGGUAGGGGUUAAUGAGAUGAGCAGUGCGAUUUGCAGAUGUGCUCAUAUAUAGUUCAGUUCUAGCCAGUCUGAAGUAAGAACGGCGUCAAGGAGUUUUCUCCUGUUCAUGGACAAACUCAGCUGGAUUACAGACAAGAAGAUGUUGGACUCCUGUCAUUAUAUGACAUCUACACUUUCGUAGCGAACGUGCUGGCAGUGAACGUAUAGUACAGCCGAGUCAAGAUUUGAAAUGUACAGAACGGGAAGCUAGUCCAUGAAGAAAUCCUCUAAAUUUUACAGCUCACGUAUGCAAGAAGCUUGACAGGAUUUUCUAAAUUUGAAAACAGCCUUACACAUGACAUUACCAAUAAUGUGCUUUGAAGCUGAAAGUACUAAGCGAUCAGGAGAACAAAACAGUUUGUGAUCAAUCGUGCUGGAGGAAAUACUGAAUUGUCUUCCUAUUGUCUAUAUAGAAAAUAGUACAAAAUAACUUUCGAGUGAAGAUGAAGUCGGAGUAUGCGGUCAAAAAACAGGAAAAUAAGCAUGAUAAGGUUGUAUUCGAGAGUUAAUAAAAUGUGCUAUUCUUCUGAA